UUAUUAUUUUGAAAGAAUUGAAAAGUCCAUAGUGAUUACACUUAAAACUUCAAAUUUUUAUGUCAUAAAGAGUUUCACGUUAUUGUGUAAAAUAUAUUGACUGAACCAAUAAUUAUAAUCUCCAAGUGGUGGCAUCUCUUGCAUGGUUUAAACAAUGGUAUAGUUCAGCAUGAUCUGGUAUUUCCUAGUCCUGGGCUUCUUAGCAGUGGUGUCGGCGUUGUGGUUGCGCUGGAGGUACAAGAACAGACGGUUACUGGCCAUGGCGGAGAAGAUUGUUGGUCCGCCCACAGUGCCUCUGCUCGGGAACGCUCUCAUGUUCAUGUGCGAGAGUCAAGAACAAGUCGUCGUUAUAAGAGACCUAAUGCAAAUGUACGGAGAUAUCUUGCGUUUCUGGCUGGGUCCAGACCUAUGUGUGCUCUUGAGCAACCCAGACGACCUAAAGACAUUAUUAAGCAACUCUAAAAUCAGCAUAAAGGGUCCACAAUACAAGUACAUGGCUGACGUCCUCGGAGGAGGAAUAUUGAGCGGCUCGGGUCCAACAUGGCGAAAGCAUCGCAAGAUAGCAACCCCGAACUACGGGAAGCGAGCAAUAGAGAGUUACGGGUACGUGUUCAACAAGGAAGUGGACGGUCUGAUGAAGAAGUUCAGAUCCUUCCCAGAAGGGAGGGCCUUUAACGUCUAUCAGUACAUAGUGCAGAGCACCAGUUAUGCUGUGUGCCAAACGCUUAUGGGUUUGACUAAGGAACAAACGAUGUGUUUGCCUUAUUUACAAAGCCUUAUAGACAAAUCUCCCAGGAUGUACGAUAUUUGUUAUGAUAGAAUGACAAGAUGGUACCUUCAAAUCGACCCGAUCUUUUGGCUGUCCAGAGCCAAUAGGGACCUGAAGGAGUUCCUAAGUAUGAUGACACCAUUCAGCCGAGCCAUAGUAACCCAUCGCAGGGAGAGACUCAAAACUGUACGAGACAGCCAAGACCUGAUGAAUAGUGAGAAGGACGAGUCGAUUAAUACCACGUUGAGUGUUAUCGAUAGAUUUAUUCUGUCCCAGGAGUUGGAUGACGAUGAGCUUUUUACGGAGACCUUUACUGUUUUUACCUCAAGUCAAGAAGCUUCAGCUAAAAUAGCUUCAUAUAUUAUAUUGAUGAUGGCGUACCACCCAGAAUGUCAGGACAAAUUAUUCGAUGAAAUAAAGCGCGUGGUCGGCGACAAUGAUAGAGAGGUCACUGACGAGGAUUUCAAAAUCAUGCCCUAUCUGGAGAUGGUCUUCAAGGAGACCAUCAGACUGUUCCCGAUCGGCGCCAUCUUGCAGAGGACUGUACCGGAAGACACAGUCAUAAAAUCCGGGGUUUUGCCAGCGGGCUGCUCGCUGGUCAUCCCCAUCUUCCACCUGCACCGCGACCCUCGCUUCUGGGAGAACCCCGAGGACUUCGACCCCGAGAGGUUCAGUCCAGAGAACAGUAAACUGCGGCACCCUAACUGCUAUAUACCAUUCAGUUUGGGUCCCAUGGACUGUUUGGGUCGUUACUUCGGAACCAAGUUGGUGAAGACCGUCUGUACUCGCAUACUGCGCGAGUUCGAAGUGUCCUCCCCGCAGACCUACCAGGACCUCAAAGUUACUAUAUCCAUAUCCGUAAUGUCGAUCACGGGAUACCCGGUCAUGUUGAAACGGAGAAACUUUAAAUAAUUAUGAUUUUGUUUUUUAUAACAUUGGUUUUUAUAAAUGGUCAUAAAGGGCGAAUGGGUAUAAUUAAUUGGAUGUUAUUGUUAUUACUUUGAUUAAAACUAAUGUGAGAAAUAGACAUUGUAAGGGCCAUGUCCCAUUGUUCGAGUCG